GAAGAUUUGAGACAAAGUUAGAGUACAGCUUCCUGCGAUCCACCACUUCAGUUUGAGAGAAUAUAAAUUCCCACUUGAAGCUUUAGAAGUGGAGAAAGAAGAAGUCGUAUUUGGCCGGACUUCUUGAGGAUUAUACAACAGAAUCUUGAUGUUUGAUCAAGACAAGAAAUAAAUGCUUUCACAAAGUAUCUUCAGUGUUGUAACAGCAUCAGCCUAUUUCAUACGGGUUAAUGGUGGGAUACACAACGAUUUUCGGAAGUUUUUUCUGGCACUUGGCUACUGAAACGAGAUCGGAAAGGAAAAUCAGUCUUGCUGAUUAAUUUUAACCUUUUCUCAAUGGAUCAUUAAAACAGCUGAGUACUGGAAUAUACAAUAAUCUGCUUUCUGGUGAAUGAUGCUAUACUUACAAACUGCUACACAAUUUCAGUGAUCAGACUUAAAGUGAGAAAAACUCUAAUUCUUUGUCAAGCAAUGUAAUACUGAACUGUGAUUGUGCUACUCUGUAAAGCCAUCGAACCUGAUCAACAAAAACAGCAGCAACACUUUAACUCUGCAGAUCAAAGGGUCAGAAUGAAACUGCGUUAUGGUGUUUGUCUACAUGUCGUCAUUUUGUCACUUCUCCAGCUGUUACAAGGAGAUUACUAUGAGCAUGACUCCAGGCUGAAGCAGAGGCGAGCGAGUUUAGAGCAACAAAUCAGAGCUGCUUCCAAUGUGAGGGAAUUAUUGUCAAUUAUUAACUCAUCAGAUUGGAAACGGUGGAAAUGCCGUCAAAAAUUAAAAUAUCUGGCAGGCUUUGACACACGAUCACGCUCAACCAGGUUCGCUUCUCCAUACUAUGAUGCAGAAACCCUCAAAUCCAUCGAUGAUGAAUGGCAGAGGACUCAAUGUGUCCCCAGGGAAUCCUGUGUUGAUGUUGCUAAGGAACUUGGAAGAGGCACCAAUACCUUCUUCAAACCUCCAUGCGUGUCUGUAUUUCGAUGCGGUGGAUGUUGCAAUGAAGAGAGUCUGGUCUGCAAGAACAUCAGCACUUCCUACAUCCGCAAAGAGCUCUUUGAGAUCGCCAUUCCACUGACCAAUAUACCAGACCUCUUGACUGUCAGAAUUGCAAACCACACUUCUUGUAAGUGCAUCUCCAGUCGACAUACCUAUUCCAUCAUUCGAAGAUCAAUCCUCACACAUGAACUAAACAGCUGUCUGCACGAUGAGAAUCACUGCUCCAGGGGACUGGUGUGGGAUAAACAGAAAUGCCACUGUGUGAGCUCCUCCGUUCAAAGAGAAGAUGAGCUCUCCCCCAUUGCAGAACUGGCUAUCUGUGGACCCUAUAUGGAGUUCAACGAGGAAGUGUGUGAUUGCGUUUGUAGGAACAUGGAAAGCCAUGAAACGUGCUCGCAGAAACAAAAAACAUUUGAUCCAGAUUCCUGCAGUUGUGUGGACAGACCUGCCUGUCUAUACCACAGCAGAUCCUGCGCUGUGGGGAAAGUCUUCAAUGAUAAGCACUGUCAGUGUGUGUGGAAGAACAAACGUUGACAUAUUAUACAGAGGAAAGGCGACUGACAAUCAUGGAUUUUGACCUUAAUAAAAGGGCUCGUUCUACAUUUCUGCUUUGUUUUAAAUUAUUGAUAUUCUAUGUAAAAUAUUAAACCACUUAGCAGUAA